CGCAUUCCAGCAACAGCUAACAGUUGAAUAGCAACAUUCGUAUCUAUCUCCGCGUCAGAACGCCCUAAACCGAAUUUAUUUGCAAUUGGUCUUUCAUCGCCGUCGGUAUGCCGGUAUAUCCAAGCGACCUGUUAUCAACGACGGGCUGCUGACUUCACCGAGCUUUACCCGCGUCUUCGCCGCCGGCGGCGACGUCAACAUGGACGCGGCGGCCACCGAGGAGGCGCAGGUGGAAAUAGAGAAGAUGGACGUUUCCCUGGCCCAAAUUCUCGCGCUCUAUAACCAGCCCAUAAACGAGGAGCAAGCCUGGGCCGUGUGCUACCAGUGUUGCCGAACGCUGGCGGCGGGGCGGCCCCGGCGAAAGGGUUCCAAGAGUUGCGGCGGUGUUGGAGGGGACUCCCUGCGGAGGAUCGAGGGACCAGGGGACGUAUGGCUUGGCCGGGACGGCACCGUCACGCUGCACUUUGAACGUACCACAGAUGAAUACGUAUCGGCGCCACCGUCGUCACUGGAGGUGAUCGACUCGCUGGGUGUGAUGAUCUACAAGGCCCUGGACUAUGGCCUGAAGGAGAACGAGGAGCGGGAGCUGAGUCCACCGUUGGAACGCCUCAUUGACAUGAUGACCAACGCGCAGGAGGCGCGGAGCGACGACGCCUGCCCCGAUGAGGGCUACGAGGCCACCGAGGAGGAGGAAGAGGACGAGGAGCUAGCCGUCUCGAAUUCCGCCGGUGCCGUCAGCCAAAUACGAAGCUACCGUGACUUGAUCUCGCUGUGUUCCUCGCACCUGCCGAGCCCCUCGGAUGCCCCGGACCACUACCAGGCCGUGUGCCGUGCCCUGUACGCUGAGUCGCGGGAACUGUGCACCUUCCUAGAGAAGAUCAAGAAUGCCAAGGAGAAUCUUCGCAAAAUGGAAGGCGAGACCCUCCAACAACCUGCUCGAGACUUGGAUGAGCUCCAAAAUGCAGAUUGGGCCCGGUUCUGGGUCCAGGUGAUGCGAGACCUCCGCCACGGCGUCAAGCUAAAGAAGGUGCAAGAGCGUCAGUACAACCCACUGCCCAUUGAGUACCAACUGACGCCUUACGAGAUGCUCAUGGACGACAUCCGCUCCAAGCGCUACAAACUUCGCAAAGUCAUGGUGAACGGCGACAUUCCACCAAGGCUCAAGAGGAGCGCCCACGAGGUCAUCCUUGAGUUCAUCAGGUCGCGGCCGCCUCUGAAUCCGGUGUCGGCCCGCAAACUGAAGCCUACGCCGCCGAGGCCGCAGAGCCUCCACGAACGGCUGCUGGAGGACAUCAAGACGGAGAGGAAGCUCAGGCCCGUCUCGCCGGACACCACCCGCCGGACUCGUCUGGGUGCCGGGAAAAGCAUCAGCACGCCUCACAAUUUAUGCCACACUUCAGACAGCCCCAACGCUCCCCGCAAGAUGGCAGUCAACACUCAGUCGCUGGUGCGGGGCUCGGCCAACCAGCUCAGCCAAAGGAAGAGACUCCUGCGGGCGCCCACGCUGGCCGAGCUGGAGAGCCCCGACUCCGAUGAGGAGACGACGCAGAGCAGCUCCAGUGCCACGACGUCCAUGAUGGACAUCUCGCCCGAUUCUACCAAAUGCAAGAAAUCUCCGCCCACCUUCCUGCCGGCGUCCGCCAUGCUGCUUCGGGACAAGCGCCAGCCGUCGGCUUCCUUACGUCGCCACUCCAGCGAAAAGGAGGCGCUGGCCAAGGCCACCCCCUUGGCCGCGCCGUCCAGACAGAGCUCCAAGUCUCUGGUCCAAGCUGCCAGUAGUGCUACUCGGGGCACGGAGGAGUUCUGCUUCCCGGUGGAGUGCCUGGCGCUGACGGUGGAGGAGGUGAUGCACAUCCGCCAGGUGCUGGUCAAAGCCGAACUGGAGAAGUUCCAGCAGUACAAGGACGUCUACUCAGCGCUCAAGAAAGGAAAGCUUUGCUUCUCGUGUCGCGUGAAAAGGUUCUCCUUCUUCACUUGGUCGUACACCUGCCAGUUCUGCAAGAGGCCCGUGUGCUCGCAGUGCUCCACAAAGAUACGUCUUCCUUCCAAGCCCCACGCCACGUUGCCCAUCUACACCUUGGGGCCUGGCGCAACGGCUAAAGACGUAGCAGUAGCAUGUUCAGCCUCGUCCGAGACGUGGAAGCAGUCGUUCGGGUCAGCCCAGAACCGCCGCAGCCUGCACAUCUCCAAGUUCUCCAAGGACGGCGAGGAUGAUGUGUCCCCUCCGCCGCGGGACAACCUGGACCUCCCCAAGGAGUUGACGGAGGACUGGGCCUCCACAGAGGUGUGCGUGGACUGCAAGAAGUUCAUCACGGAGAUCAUCUCGUCCAGCAAGCACAGCCUUAGUGCGGCCAGCAAGCGGGCACGCCUCCACCGCCAGAGUCGCUCCUUCUACCGCAGCUCAGCAGCGUCCGUCGACUUCCGGUCCUCGCCGCGCAUCGCCAUCCACGAGGCGUAGACCGCCGCAACAGAAAAACACGCUUGCCAAAGUCGCUUCCUCUUGUUCCGGGAAAAAAAACACUGGAGAAUGUAAAAGCCGAAUGAUGAAUGAAGGAAAGAUGGACACAAGUAGUUGUACAUAGCAUAGUUUUCCAAGUAGCACUCAGGAACAACAAGCGAUCAUCAUCACCCUCAGGUUGCCUCCCUCCACCUUCGUCUUCUCUCUUUUACCAAAUCGCCCUUGUUUCUUUUUUCACUCCGCAAUUUCACAACUGCAUCUCUUUGUCAUUAAUACAAUUAUACUAAAUAAGCGUUGGUUGACCACGUCUCAUGAUGUAAUUGAUACAAGAUAAACAAGAGAAUUCCAGAUUUUCUUCAAAUAUGCCCCCCCAAAAAAAAUCAAAGUACACCAAAUGGUUUGGGACGGUGCAAAUGCUAUGUAUUUAAUAAGUACUCUCAUUUUACGUGGCUCUCGUUUACAGAUUUCACCCAAUUUAUUUUUCUACUUCUCCAACUUUUUGUCAACACUGCAUUUUGAAAAGCGUGCCUCAUGCCAAAUUGCUGUUUGUUUUCUUGUUGUACAUAGUGUACUUGUAUUGAGUGCUAUGGAAUCAUCAGUGGGAUGACCGGCUGCUGCUUCUGCUUCCGUUUCUGCUCUGAUUGUUGUACAUGCCGUAUAGCUCAAAACGCUCCGGAUGGAAAACAACGUUUAAGAGGAUCAAAUGUUUAUGUCAAAUCAUAGUCUAUUUUGUGUUCAAAACAACCCCUGCGUCUUAUAUUUAAUUAUUUAUGUUGGGCAAAAGCUUAAUAAUUAUUGUUUUUUGUCAGUUUUUCAAGCCCAUGAUUCCUCCAUGGACACAAAGCAAACUUGAUUGUUGAAGACGUUUAAAAGCUUUGAAUGACCUUUUGUGACUCAACAACAAACAAAAACAAGACAACAAAACCAGCUGGUCUUGUUCUAGAAUGAUGCUUAUGUUCUCAUCAAACCUGAUUUGAUUUUUGGGCUCCUGCCAGGCAUGUGUGCAUGCUUCGAUUGUCUCUUUAUUUUUUGUUCUGUUUUUUCAAUGGAAGAAAUUAACAAUAAAAACUUGGAUUUCUCA